UUCUCCAAGCGGCAUGAGUCAUUUCAAUGUUAUUUUAUGACACCACUAUUCUAAGUUGUUUAAGAAACAGACAUGUCUAAUCGCAGGACAAAAGAGAAUAUAAAGAAAAAGACAAAUAAAAAGCUGAUCUGGACAGUAGCCUACUAUGUGGGAACUACAUCUGUCUAACUAACCUCACUCCACGGGUCCUGAUUACGGACAGCACAACACAAGUGUGCAUGGUGUCGGUGCUGCAGGCGGCUGUAAAGGUCUCUCCUCUCAUAGAGAAGGUCAGCGAACACAAGGACUUCAAGAAGCUUCUCCGGACCCGAACCAAUGUCCUGGUUCUCUACACUAAGUCAGCUACCUCCGGGGACUCCAAGCUGAAGCUGCUGUCUGACGUGGCCCAGGUUAUCAAAGGACAGGGCACAAUCGCCUGGGUCAACUGUGGGGAUUCAGAGGGACGUAAACUGUGUAAGAAAGUGAAGGUAGAUCCCAGCUCUAAAAGUGGUGGUGCUGAUCUCCUGCAUUAUAAAGAUGGGACGUUCCAUACAGAGUACAACAGACCUGCUACAUACAAGUCCAUGGUGGCGUUUUUAAAAGAUCCCACAGGACCUCCUCUUUGGGAAGAGAACCCGGAUGCUGAAGAUGUUGUUCAUGUAGAAACUGAGAAAGACUUCAGGAAGCUUCUAAAGAGGGAGGAAAGGCCAAUCCUCAUGAUGUUCUAUGCCCCAUGGUGUGGUGUCUGUAAGAGGAUGCAGCCUGUAUUUCAACAGGCAGCUACAGAGACCAAGGGUUCAUAUGUGCUGGCUGGGAUGAACGUGCACCCAGCCGAGUUUGACGGCCUCAAGCAGGAGUACAAUGUCAAGGGCUACCCCACCUUCUGUUACUUUGAGAAGGGGAAGUUCCUGCACCACUAUGAAAACUACGGAGGUACAGCCAAGGACAUCGCUGACUGGAUGAAGAAUCCCCAGCCCCCCCAGCCGAAGGCCCCAGAGGUCCAAUGGUCGGAGACUGACUCCCCCGUCUUCCACCUGACUGACGACUCCUUAGAUGGGUUCCUGGAGGAACACCCAUCUGCCCUGGUCAUGUUCUAUGCCCCAUGGUGUGGCCAUUGUAAGAAGAUGAAGCCAGAGUAUGAUGAAGCUGCUGAAUACCUCAACAAAGACAAAAAUAGCCCUGGUGUUCUGGCAGCUGUGGAUACCACCAUCCACAAGGCAGUGGGAGAGCGCUUCAAGAUCUCCGGCUUCCCCACCGUCAAGUACUUUGAGAUGGGAGAGGAGAAGUUCACUCUACCCCACCUCAGGAGCAAGGACAAGAUCAUAGAGUUUCUACAGAACCCCCAGGCGCCCCCUCCCCCAGAGCAGUCCUGGGAAGACAAGCCGUCCAGCGUCAGCCAUCUAGGAAUGGAGGACUUCAGGGAAGCGCUGAAGAAGAAGAAGCAUGCCCUCGUCAUGUUUUACGCACCAUGGUGUCCCCACUGCAAGAACGCUGUCCCUCAUUUCACCACUGCAGCAGAUCUCUUUAAAGAGGACCGCAAGAUUGCCUAUGCUGCCGUGGACUGCACUAAAGGACCGAACCAAGAACUGUGCAAGCAGGAGGGUGUGGAGGGCUACCCCACGUUCAACUACUACAACUAUGGGAAGUUUGCAGAAAAAUACAACGGAGAACGAGGGGAGGCGGGGUUUAUAGGUUUCAUGCGCAGCCUGCGGGGGCGGGACCAGGGCAAGAGGAAGGAUGAGCUUUAAGGCAGGUUGUGGUGAGGGGGAGGAGCCUGUCGUUGCACUGUGACCCUGGACAGAGGCCUCUUAGCACUGACAUCACGUGAUGUCGUCAUGAUGUGACAUCACGGGGCGGGGACUUGAGAACCUAAGCGUUUCAGCGAAAGGCUAUUUUUUUAUACUGAUAUAGAUCGAUCAUGUUUGUAAUAACAGUGGGAUUACCUACCGUGUGACCACUUUUGAUUAAAAAAAAACAACAAAAGAAAACAUUCAAAUGUUGCCCAAAUACUGUGACUGCAUUUGUGAAAAGCUACACCUUAUACUGUAUCUAUGCAAUACCGGACCCUCCCUUUCAGAUCCACUCUUCUGAGGUUGGUUGGUGGCUGUACUGGUGGUUGGAUGGUGGGUUAACCACCUACAGUACUGUACAGGGACCAUCGCUACAGUACAGUCCUACCGGUCACUACGUCCCUGUUCAUUCACCUCAAGAUGAACACAAUCUAAGCAUUCAACUGUUUGUUUCAAUAUAACUGUUUCAAUAUUUGUGUACAUACCUGUCUUCCAUGUUAGGUAUGGGUUUGUUUCAGGAUGAUAAGAAUCAAAUAGCUAAAACUGUGGCCUUUUUAAUAAAUAUGUAUGAAAGCUAAUCACUCACCGCAGAGUCAGACAGAUAGGGUAGUGAACGAUACGAGGCCCUCAAACAUAAAGCUCUUAUAGUGGUGUGUUGAAGCCUGGGGCUUCUGUUUUUCCACGUGUUUCCAAGUCAGCUAUUAGAGAAAGCAAUGACAAAUCAGACACAAACCUAAAAUGCCCAAAAUAAAUUCGAAUUAUUAUGUUACUGUGCUGAACCUCCAGACGUCAAUGAUUUACAGAAGCCUCCUGUUGUCGUAGUGAUAUUAUUUUUACUGUAGACAUGUUGGUUGUCUAGCAACAAAACCAACGCGUGCGCAACUAUGGGGCCAAACAGACGAGGUUGUUGACAACAUGUAAACUUUAUUUCGUCUCCAAUGUUUAUUGAAAACAAAUACAUUUGCACAAUGAGCAAUUGUCUCUCAAAAACAUUUAUUGCAUAUGUUGAUUAGUUAACUAGCAAAUGUUUUGCCACAUUAGCAUAGACGUGAUAUUGGUCAAAACACCUCAAAACAAGACAUGGUAUCAAGAACAAGAUAAAACUAGCUGAAACGAGCCACCUAUGAUUCCCCACGUGGCAGCUUCUUGUCAUUGUUGCUAGCUAUCUGCCAUCCAGAAUCACAACAGCACACAGACUUCUGACCCGUUGAAGUGUGCACAUCAUUUUCAUGUCAGCUAGCCCAUCUAUUGUCCUGCAUUCCUCUAGUGUUACUGAGAUGUCCAAAAAACUGUUUUGCCUCUUGCAAGUGUAUUCCAUGAUAUCAUCUAAGACCUAUUAAAAACAAAGCCCUUGGAAAAGAUAUGGGGCCAAAUAUGGUCAUUUAAUGUGCCAUUUCCUCCUCCAUUCUUAAAAUGUGUACAGGAACAAGACUGUGCCAGUCCCUCUCUUUUUGUCUGUAGCAAUCAGAACCAUUCAGCUCAAUAUCAGGAGGCAUAUGGGAUUAUGAUUAGAAAAGAUCCAGGAUAUCAGUUCCAUCUGAACAAAGUCAAGAAUCCAAAAAUGUUAUCCCAUAUGUCCCAGCACAUCCAAAUGGAUGACUUCAGAUUUCAUAGUGCUGCAGAGGUGUGUGUGAGAAAGUCGACGGACACCCUUAACAUCCCCGCCACACACACACCACCCGAGCAUGGCACCAUCAUUAAUACUGGAGCCAUUAUCUUUGUGGCGACUUUAAGGCUGUGUGUUUUUUAACUCCCUGGCUUACGCCGCUAUAAAUAUUUAAAGGCCUAUCUGUAGCUGAACUUGUUUUAUUAUUCAGGAGUUUGGUUCCUUUCAUUAUUGAACAAGGUUCUCAGGGAUAGCGAAAACACAAAGGGAACUAGCUUGUAUUAAUUUGCGUUGCAGUUAGUUGGUUUUGAGCUCUAGAGUCCAAAUUUAAAAUAAUUGUUUACAUUUGUCUCGUAUGGAAAAAUAACAAUGUAUAGAUAAAUGUUCCAGUUUACAUUUCCUGUUCCAAGUCAUGGCAGGAAGUAUUAAAUAAAACAUGUUGUACAGAUGAGGGUUAAUGAACUGACUAAUACUGUACAUUGUGUGGGUUUCUAAAUGGAUUAGUUGCAAAUGAAAAGUCUUAAAUGAACUGCAGACUGACAUAGAACACGGUCUCCAAUCAAUGUUACCGUAACAUUUCUGCAUCAUGCAAAACUAGCUCCAACAUCACAGAACGUUGGGAGAAUGCUUUACUGUAUGUAGCUGGAUUUUGACACAAAUGCAGUUUUUUUUAAUGUUCAGUUUUCUUUCUGUUGAGAUGAUUUGCUUUGUUUACUUUCACUUUUGUUUCUGCUGUACAGGGCCUACUCAGUGCUAUCAAAUGGUUAAAGACUUGACAAACUUAUCAUAAAGACCACCUUUGUCUCAUCCCAAAGCUCUCCAUAUUGUGUGGAAACUGUCACAUCUAUGCAUAGAAGUCAUUGUCGCCUUUGUUGACUUUCUGUGCCCAGCCAUAUGUACAGUUUUGCCCUUCGAAUGAGGACCUUGCUAAAAUAAAAACUCAAACAUUUCCAA